AUGGCUGGAGGCGCAGCCAAAUACCGUCACCUGAGUCGGAGUUCGUCGCACCGACAGGCACUUUUGCGAAAUCUCGUCACAUCUCUCAUCAAGCAUGAAUCAAUAACGACUACAUGGGCCAAAGCAAAAGAAGCGCAACGGCUGGCUGAAAAACUGAUCACAUUGGGAAAACGGGAUACAGAACAUGCUCGAAGGCGUGCUCAAUCGAUAUUUUAUACACCACAUGAACUCCUCCCCAAACUAUUCGGCACCCUUAAAGAUCGCUACGCAGAACGACAAGGCGGAUACACGCGUGUUCUGCGAGUCGAGCCGAAAAAGGAUGAUCAGGCCCCCAGUGCGAUUUUGGAACUCGUUGACGGACCGAAGGAUAUGCGAUUUGCGUUAACCGCCAAGGCGAUAGCUCGCCAGCGCGAGCAGGGCAUUGAGACACUGAAUGAGCUGACUUCGCUCAAUGUACGGAAAGUUACGCGGUUCCGAAAGAACGGCGUUGAGGCUCUGGAGGCUGCGAUAAAGAAGAUUUCGUUGGAUAAGAAGGAUAAAGAUGAUGGCAAGGAGGACAAAUCUGAGAAGUCCAGGAAGAAGUAA